AUGGUCUUUCGUUUCAUCAGAGCGUUACUCAACAACGAGAAGGUGAUUCAGGAGUUAUCCGAAUCAGCACCAAUUCGAGCACUCGCUCGUGCUAUCGUCAGAGGAGGGAAGUCGUUAGAAGAUAAAGUGCAGAAGCUGGAUGUAGGAUCACGUGUAGAAGCGCUUAAGAAGAUCUACGAGGAGGAGUACAAGAAGGCUUUGAAAAAAUAG